UCAGUUAGUACCCAUUGUGGAUGUUGAGUGAGAAGAACAAAUUUUGAAAUUUUUCCUCUAUUCGCAUAUAAAUUUUAUUAUUAAAAAAAAAAAACAAGAAAGACUAAAAUGCUAAAUUCACUAUUCGACAAGAAAAUUACGCUCCACCAAAUACUCUUCACAUUUUUUCUUUUCUGCCACUGGACACUAAAUGUGAACGGUAUAUAUGUGAAUGCUCGCUACUCCGAUCGUACGCGCAUACCAUGUGAGGAUCCUGGAACGUUAAUAAAUGGCUUCUCCGUAACCAAACGCCGUAAUAUGUUGUUGCAACACUUCUGCAAUUACGGUUUUAAGCUCAUCGGUGAUCGUCGGAAUCAAUGCAGUCGGGGCAAAUGGGUUGGCGAACGGCCGGUGUGUGCAAAGAGCGGCUGCCUCGCGCCUACGAAAAAUCCCGAUAAUGGCAGAAUACAAUAUAUUGAUCAGUUUCAUAUUAGCGUCUACUGUGCGGAGGGCUAUGAGCGAGCCGGUAAUCGUUACGCUUACUGUAAUGGCACGAACUGGGACCGACCGUUGGGUUAUUGUCGAGAACGCGACGAGAGAACAAGUCAUGAAUGCGAUUUCGAGACUGACGAUAACUGCGGCUGGGUAACAGACACAUCGGAGGGUUUCAAAUGGAAACGUACAAUGGCGGCUAAUGUAUAUACCUCAUUCCACACGGGACCGCAACACGAUCAUACAACUAUGCAAGCUACCGGUGGCCAUUAUAUGCUGAUGGAAAGUUUUGGCGCCACGCUAACGCCAGCCGCACUCACAUCGCCGAUUUAUGCGCGAGACUUGAGCUUGAAGACGGCUUGUUGUUUUCAAUUUUACUAUUUCAUGUAUGGCGCUGGUGUGGGCAAUUUGAAUGUCUAUGUGAAGCCCGUGAUGAAAAUGUUAUCGGAAGUUAUUGAGGAUAAAGAGAAUUAUGUAAAAUUUACAAAAUCGGGCAAUCAGAAUAACAUUUGGAAUGAGGCACAUUUUAGUAUUGAAGAAAUGGAAGAUGAUUUUCAGAUUGUAUUUGUAGCCGAUGGCGCUAAGAAUCAUUUGAGCGACAUAGCUAUAGAUGACGUCAAAAUAAUGACUGGUAGUGAGUGUAAGGCCUUGGACAAUCACGAUGACGACGCGGAUGACUCAGCGGAAUAUGAGCCUACAACUACAGAGCAAGCUCUCUACGAUACUUCUUCAUGCUUGUCACGUUGCGGUAAGGAGGACAACGCGGGUAUAAUGCACAAUUUUACACAUUUGAUUGGUCUCUGCAGUUGUCACGAUAGUUGUAUAGCUGACGAUAAUUGUUGCCCUGAUUAUAUCAAAGUGUGUUUAGACGCACCCGAUUCUACAACAAUACAACCGGAAGCCGUGCCGACGGUGAUCAACCUCCAAGAGAAACAAUUAAAAACAACAAUGUCGAAAAAAAUUCUUAACACUACACAGACAACUACAACAACUACUACCACGACAACAACUACAACCACUACUCCAAAGCCCACAACCUCAACGACGACAACAACAACCACUCGAAAGCCUACAAGCACAACGGCAACAACUACAACUACCACUACUACUACACGAAGGCCAACAACAACGAAAAGUACUUCUACAACCGUCAUACGGAAGCCAAUUACAACAGCAACAACAACAACCACAACUCCUAAAUCCGCACGUCUCUCUACUAAACUAACCAAACCGCCUACUACAACAACGAGAGCAACUACCAAAAUAGCAACUACGACUGUAAAACGUUUAAUACCAACAACAACAAUAACCACAACAACUACAACAGCUACCAAGCUUCUACCCAUCCAAACCACAAGUAUACCUCGCACUUAUGUCAUUCCGACCUCAACCACCGGCGCCACGACAGUCAACCGCAAGACGUUCACAGGCGAUACCGCAUUAGUACCGGAAAGAAAAAAAACACAAGGACCAACCAACAUCGUUAAGAAAACCUGGGAUUGGCAACCAAAGCCCGAGUCGAAUCCACGCGGAUCUCUAGCGCUCUUGAUAAUGUUCGGCAUACUACUCACUGGAAUUAUCAUGGCCGUCGUAUAUAGACAAAAGGAAACUCUAAAAUUAAUAUGGUUGCGAAAAUUUACACAAAAAAAUCACAACGAAAGUGGCGCAGAAGAUACUAAUUCGAUAAUAGCAAAUUUUGCAACCGAAGAUGCAACUAAUACAGGUAACGAUGUUGUGGCUGGUACAAGCACUGCUGGCAAUCGUUUGAAACUUACAUUGCCCAGCUUGAAAAGGAGUAAGCCUGAGAAACGUGGAUCUUCGGGAGAGCAAUCAUUGUUGGGUGAAUCUGAAAGUGAUGAUAUACCGUUGCUCUGAGUACAGAAGAUGAUGGAAAGAGGUAUAUAUAUUUAAAUAUU